AUGGCCACAGAAAUAGAGAAACAACAAUCAUGGUGGACUUUUGGUGAAUUACAACUGUUGUCCUGGGGAGCAAAACGAAUGAAGCCAAAUCUGAGAUCCAAGAUGGAAUACAUGUUAAAGGAGCUACGUGUCAUGAAGAAACAGAUUAAAAUCUUAAAGAAAGGCGAUAAUCCUUGGAACAAGGAUGAAAUCUGGAAUAAUGCGGACAAGGACAAUUCAGACCAUGGCCAUGCAUCCUCUCCGGUAGAUUAUCCGCUAAAGGCAACUGAGGAGGAUGCCCUUGAUAUCGAUGUGGCUCUGGAAGAGAACAUAUGUCAUAUUGAUGCAGAGGACACACCUGACUUUGGGAAUGAGCUGGUGGAAGUAUCAGAUAUUGUCACAAACGGGGAUAGUGGGGAGAGUCUAUUUAUUGAAGAUGAUAGUGAAAAGAUAUUCAAUGAGAAAGUGAGAACUGAAUAUACGGGAAAAUACCAAAGAAAGAGCUGUAGAGUUAGGAGACCGGGACCUCAUCUGGUUACCCCUUUUAGAGUUGGUGUUCCAAACAAAAAGAGAAGAAUACAGACUUAUAACCCCCUUAAGCCUCUCCCCAAGAAAUCGCGUGACGAGCUUAAAGAAUUGAUUGAAAAAUGGAAUGCAACACCGUGCUUAAAAAUCUGUGUAGAAGGCAAUAUUGUUGAACCACAGUUUAUUCUUGAUAUUAUUAAAGUUGGAGCAUGGCUAUCAUUCUCGCAUAUCGAUGUUGGAUUGACUUUGUUACGUAAGAGGCGCGUAGAUCAUCCUGCUGUGUUUGGAACCAACUGGACCACAACUGAUUAUUCAUUCUCGGCGUUUCUGAUUGUUGACUAUGAGAAGACCAAGAAUUUGGCUGACAUGAGCAAUUGGUGCCCAGAUACACGGCUUGAUAAGUAUAUGAGAGGAACUAGACCUUCAUUUAGCACAUCUUGGGAUGAAGUUGAUCUCAUUUAUAUGCCAAUUAUUGUGUCGACAAAUCACUGGCUCCUUGUUGUAGCUAAUUUGGCGGAUUGUUACAUGACGGUGUAUGAUCCAAGAGUUAAUUUGCACACAUGGGAUGAGUUGAUGAUUGAACUUAAACCAUUAGCAGUUAUGUUCCCUCAUCUACUCAAUAAGUUUGGUAUUUCUAGAAGUAUAACAAACUUUAAUGGGUCAUUAUCCCCUUGGCCCAUCAGCCUGACUAAGAAUGUUCCUCAACAAACGACAGAUGACUGUGGGGUGUACACCAUCAAAUUCGUUGACUGCUUAACUGCAUCUUUCGACCUCGGCAACUGGUCUAAGUAUGACAUACAGAGUAUCCGUCUCCGAUUGGCAAUUGAGUUAAUAAGCGGAUCUGCCUACUUGUGGUGA